AUGAGUAGUGUCUACGACCAUUCCUUCAACAAUCACUCAAGUUGUUUCGGCAUUUUCAAUGAAAGGGGCAUUGCCAAUAGUGCUCCUAUGCGACAGGAGCUUCAGCAAUUAAAUGGUUUGACGGGCGUGGAUCGGCAAAAGAAAAAGGAGAUGGACGAUCUACUCGCCGAAGCAAUGAAAACACUCACCUUUGAAGAACGACAAGAACAGCAAGAGAUACUACAUGGAGUUGAAGCAACAUUUACUAAUGAAUCCACCUUCAUUGACAAUUCUCUUAUUGACCUAGAAAAUCAUCUUGCAAGCACCAAGUCCGGUACCGUGUAUGAGAUGGCUGAAGCUAUGGACCUGGGAUACGUUGGCGACAGAGCCUUUCGAGUGAUGUUUCUCAGAGGCAAUCGGUAUGAUGCCAAAGCUGCAGCGGAUCAGAUGCUCAACUUUUUUACGAUAAAGCAGGAACUGUUUGGGAGCGAAAAGUUAGUGAAAGAUAUCACGCUUGAUGAUCUCGAUGAGGAUGAUAUUGCUUGCCUAAAGACAGGGCGGAUACAAUUUGCUGGAAAAGACAGGUCUGGUAGACAAAUAAUUCUCAAUCUUCCAGGGCUCAGAAAUGAAAAGACGACUGUCCAGAAUGGGCUUCGGACGCGAUAUUACUUAUCAAUGAGCAUGUUAGAAUCGGAGGCUAACCAAAUUCGGGGUUUCGUUGUAAUUGUUCAUACUGUUUCUGGCAUGAAGGAUAGAUUCGGUGGCAGUGCGUACUAUCAAAAUGCCAGAGUGGCGGCUGCAAUUCCGACUCGCAUGGCGUCUAUGCAUGUUUGCUCAGACGAUAUUAAGGAACAUCUAUGUCACAACUGUAUCAUCAAGGCAGCUCCAUUGAAGCUGAGAGCGAACUGCCGGUUGCACUUUGGUAGCCACACAGAAUGUUUGAAUCAUUUGUCUACCUACGGAAUUCCACAAAGUUUUCUGCCCAUAGAGCUCAGCACCAACCAAAUCAAUUUGCACCGUCACCUCAAAUGGGUCGAGUCUCGUUUCAAAAUGGAAAAGAGCGACCGUGGUGCUCCAUCAGAAAUUGCCACACCAAACGAGCCGAUCAUCAGUCCUACUGAAAAUGACGUUCUCGUUAUUGGUGGCGGCAAAUGUAAUAACACGGGAAAUAACCGCCUUAGGGCCCUUGUCAAGGACUUUUCCAAAUCCUAUGAAUUUGGAAGCGUGGAAUCAAGAAAGGCUUUGGUCAACCGUGCCAUGCAUUCAGUGCAUGAUAAUGAAGGUCGAUUUCUGAAACAGCAUGAAGGUGGUGUGUGGAAAGAUCUGUCCAAGAGCGAGAUUCGAAAGCUCAUCGCACAAGCAUUCCGUAAUAGCUACCGCCGGAAAUAG